AUGUUGCCCUAUUCCCGUGGGUUGAUUCUGGAUAAUACCAGUAACUAUGGGAUUGUGAAGACGGAGACGGUGUUUGGAUUUGCUCCAAGUAGCCAUGAUGGUUAUGUGGAUGGAGGUUUUAAUGCAACUGAACCAGUGCAGUGGAUUAUUGCCAAUAGUAACUUCGCUCCCAGGUCUUUACCAGUUACAGAUUCCGAAUCAAGAGCCCUCAAAUCCCAACCAAAAGAAGAACCCAGACAUAAGAAGAAAAAAGGUAACAAAAGGCAUUCAAACAAGAAGCGUAAAGGUAAAGGAAAGCUCAAAGGCCAGAAGUGUAUCUUCAAGGUCUUUAAGAAGUCGUCCAAGAAGAGAAGAGGUAGCAACAAGUUCCCGAAGAUGCACAAGAAGUAUAUGAUGCCGUUGAUCCUUGGCCUUCUGGCUGCUAAAAGCCUGCUGAUUCCAAUAGCUCUAAAGGCCUUAGCGUUCUUGUCUGCUAAAGGUCUCAUGAUGGGCUUCUUCUCGACUGUAAUGGCUUCAGUUCUAAGCCUCAAGGGUAUGUUUGACCAUAACCACAGCUACCAGAAUAGGAAGGAUGACACCAAGACCCAGGUGGAAAUCAUCCAGGUACCUUCGAAGAGUGAGGAUCAUGUUUACUAUGAUGAGCAUUAUAAAAGAGGGGAUUACGUUCCUGUUCCUGUGAUGGUGCACUGAUGACCUUGAUGGUGAUGAUGAUGAAAUGGACAUCAGAAAUCACCUA